CGUAUUACGAACAGAAUAGCAGAAUUUGAACAUCUUGGAGUAAGCUAACUGGGAGACAACAAAUUGACUUCGAACAAUCAGCGAUCCUAAGACCUAGCCUAACUUUACGCACAGGGGAAGCAACCUCAGCAUCCAAAAUGAAUGUCUCGCAAUUGAUGGUCUGUGGACUAUUAAUGGCCCUUUUUUCAUUCAGCACAGAGGCAAAGUCGUUAAUCCCUGCACAAGAAAAGUCCCUUAGAAAUUUACUAGAAGAAGAGCUUUCCGAAUACCUGGCAUCGGGGGAGCGAGAGAGGAAUCUAGAGAGCGCGAGAUCGCGUCUGUUGCGGGACCUGCGGCUGAACACUCGAGCCAGGGGCAUGUGGUCCCGCAUCAUGAACGACCAGCCUGUCUCGCGGAAACAGAAGACCGGGGUCAAGAAAGGCGCGUCCACACCAGCUCGCGGUGGCUGCUUCGGACACAAGCUGGACAGGAUUAGCACCUUAAGUGGGAUGGGCUGUUAGGAACACGCCAGCACAACAGGUCUAACAUAAAAAGAUGAUGGGAUUGGACAACUUUAUUUUACUGGUCUUCAUCUGAGGAAGAAUGACAUCUUUAUCCAAGAAACCUAUUUUUAGAAGGAAGCGAGAUCAUCAUCAGCAUUAUGGAGGCCUGAAGCAGAGGCAAACACACAUCAAGAGAAACCAUUACAAGCCAGACGGCAAAGUGUAGGAACUACAGUGGCAAUGCUGGAUUGUCUCUGCUGUACAGUACAUUAAUAAUACAUCAUUCCUGCAUACGUGUGCUGUAUUUAUGUUACAAAAAACUAUUUAUAUGUUUAUAAAGGAUAUAUUUAUAAAUAUUACUUUUAUUUAUGUAACAUUUUGAAAAGGAUGCAAACUGGAAGUCAAUUAUGUUUCCAACUUAUUUGUCUUACCUGGCUGUAAAUGUUUGAACAAAAAUAUUCAACAAAAAAAGAAACGGAAAAAAAAGAAACAUUACAUGUAUGCCUGAGUCACUUCUAAGUUUGUUCAGACAGGAAUUUUACUUAAAUUUGACUUUAAAAUUUCACAAACAGAUAAACAGGACAGAGAUAUUGAUUGGAAUUCAAUCUAUCUGCAAAGUAAUUUGUCUUUAUUUUUUUAUUACACAUUUAAGCCAUUGUUAUAUUAUAUUGGUUUGGUAAUUUGUAACAUAAUACUGGCCACCAGGAAGAUGCCUGCAGGAGCCAUACCGGCUAUCCAGCACUCUCCCUCUAUUUCAACAAUAUGUUUAUUAACAACCAGCUUUGUGCUUAGAUUGAAUCCCAACCAUAGUUACAGUAAAAGCUAUAACAUUUGCUUUAAGUGUAUGCUUAUUCCUUUCCUAUACUGUUGAAUGCUAAUGUUUGUGAAUUUGUGCAAUGGGGGCGUGCAGAGUAAGAGAUAUAAACAAACUAGAACUACAUUUAGCUGCUUGAAAUACUUAAAACAUAUAAACAGGACAGCAUAUGUACCAUGACGAUGUACUUCACAUGAAUUAUUUUUUUCAGUCACCUUCAGACCAGUGACAACCCCUUCCUCUGGAAACUGAAGUGUUAUGACAUGAAUAAACCAUAUCUGUAAAACUAAUAUUAAAAGUAAUCACUGUGGUAAAAAAUUAAAUAAAUUGAUUUUGGUCAUUUAA